UUCACAUGUCCUUAGCAAGUAGACCGCUCAGUGCCGGAGCAAGCAUCGGGCCGGCCGGUCGAACCUACGGCAUUGCCACAUAAAUGUUAAGUUUACGAAAGAGUUUCUUGUGCAAGAUAACGAAAUGUUGACUAUCGCUUCGUUCCUGUUUGCUCUGCAUUUUGUGGGUGCUGAAAUUCCUCCGUACAUCAAAAUAUGUCAUCGAGAUGACCCCAACGUGGACAAAUGCAUCAUGAACUCCAUUGAGGAGCUGCGACCUAAGCUUAUAAAGGGCAUUCCCGAAUUAGAUGUACCCGGAAUAGAACCCUUAAGUCUUGGUCAGAUUGCAUUAGCAAGAGGACCCCAGGGAGCGAAGUUAACGGCUGUGGUCAAUGAUGUCAAAGUGAGGGGACCGAGCAACUUCAAAAUUACAGAAUUGAAAUCGGACCUGAAUAAAAACAAGUUUGAUUUCAAGCUGCUAUUGCCAAAGCUGGAGUUUGCUGGGAAAUAUAAAAUGGACAUACAUGUGUUGCUACUUCGUCUUCAGGGCCGAGGAAAUAUCACGGGAUCAUUCAAGGAUUACGCCUGCAACGUCACCAUGCGUGGACACAAAGAGAAAAGAGGUGACGACGAAUACCUAAAAUUUGAUCCAAUGAAAGUCAAGCUACGCGUAGGAGACUCCUCCAUUUAUCUAACAAACCUGUUCGACGGUGAUCCCGUGUUGGGACCAGCUACCAACAGGGUCAUCAAUGAAAACUCUCAAGUUUUCCUCUCAGAAAUCAGCCCGGUUAUGGAGAAGAGUUUGGCAGAUAUAUUCACAGAGAUAUCAAAUAAAAUUACAUCCAAAUUUACGUAUAAGGAGCUAUUCCCUUAAAUAUUUAAUCGCGUGGCUACACAGUAUGAAGCUUAGAGUCCUUUUGUUUUGUUUAUACUGUACUUAGUUAAACGUUUGUCGCCUUUCAGCUAACGUUCAGUAAUUUUUAAAGAAAAAUAGAUUAUUCUACACGAGGAUUCCAUACGAUUGAAACCUAAUGGCUUGUAUUAACUUGUUGAGCUAUUAUUCAUUGAAAUUCAAAAGUUUGGUAUGUGUGUGGGAUAAUUAUAUUUUAGCAUUAUAAGUUAUUGUCAAUUCCUUUAAUGAAUACAGAUUAUUACGAUACAUAUUAUACAUAUUAUGAUACAGAUUCCGGAUUAAUGAAUGCUUGAUAUAUGACGAUAAGUUGCAUCUUUCCGUAGCCACCAUAUAUACUUUAGUCAUUAGGUUUUUUGUGAUAAAGUGUUUGAAAAUGUGAUUUUUUAGUUGGUUAAUUAAUAUAUUACUAUUUUUUAUUGAGGAUGAUUAGUUUAUCUUUUCAAUAAAAAUUUAGUUUGCAUUACGGAAGGCUAUAGUUUUUGAGGCUGUUUAAAAAUAGUGUACCUACUUGUAGAAAACGUAUGAUUGUUUUAUGAAUUAGGGACGAUUGGUUAUUGAGGAUUGAUUUUAUGAGGAAAUAACUGAUCACAAAAUUAUUUUUCAGAAAUUUUAUGUUAAUUACCAAAUGUCUGCUAUUAUAAGAUGGUGAUAGUUUUAUGUAUUUAGACUUUAGGAUAUGCUUAU